AUGCUGACCAGCGCUGACAUCGACCAAGUGAGGAUAUGGGCAGGCUGUGUCGUCCCCGGCACAGCACAAAGUUGCGCUUAUCUUGGCAUGGUUAUCAUUGUGAUCGCAUGGGUAUAUGGCGCCAUCGAAUUUAUCAUGUAUUGGCCGAUCUUCCAACGACGUGUGGAAGGAGCAGUGAAGGGUUGCAAGGAAGCGGUGGAGGUGGAUGAGGAGAGGGAUGGAGAGAGUGAAGGAGCUGGAAAGCUGGGGAGGCAGCGAAAGUGGAGGUUCACUGUCAGUUCAGGAGCCUCCCGAUGGAAGCGAGUGCGGGGAGGAUGGACCCAGGAUUUUUGGGUUCAAUAA